AUGAGCAGUGAAGGGGAUACCGACUGCGAGCUCCUAUGGGAUGAUGAAACCAAACCCCUCGUGUCCAUUGAUCAGGCUCUCAAAGACGAUAAACUUAAGAAAGGCAAAACUUGGGGAUUCGUCGUAUACCGUUGCUCCUACAAAGAUGAAGAUGCCUGGAAGAACAUGCUUGACCUAAUCCGAUGCCAUAUGGAAGAUUACUUGACUGUGGCAGGUGGCGGAGAUCUCUGGGCCCAGCACGAGUUGAUUGUAAUUCACAACAAAGCUCAAUUUGAUGGCGCCUCGUCGCACGUUAUCCGCGAUCACUUCAGCCAUUGGGUGCAAGAGGAGAUGGUUAAACUCCCCAAGCUCCCAGAAUCCGAGCGUGAGGAGGAAGAUGCCCUGCGGAAAAAUAUCAUCAGCGAAACUCGAUAUAAUUUCUGUCUUUUCAUCGACGAUAUCUGCCUGGAGUCCGUCGAGCAUAUGACCGAACCUGUCGUCAAGUUGCUUUGCAGGGGAUGGGGUCCGCUGCCAAUCAACAAGAGGGCAUAUACUGUUCAUCCAAAUUUUGAAGAUGGGAAGACUGCGAAUGAGAAUGAGGAUGUCGGCUGGAGGUAUAUAGAAGUCCUUUCGUGUUUUCAGUUCUAUGACAAGCUUCAUGAGCCUAGAAAAUGGAGUAUGCAUUACGUGAGGCCCCCAUUUUGGCCUUAUCAGAACGUCCAUGCCGUUCCAGGCUUCUGGCGCAAAAAGGAGGAGGGGGACAAUGCUGCUACAGAGUAG